CCGAUAUAGCCGACAUAAUAAAGCUCUUUACAGAGAUUUAAUAGCCACUCUGUUUUAAACACCAUUCUGUCGUGUUUACUUGUUACCCCUAUUUUAAUUUCAUAUUUACGUUUUGUUGUUUUGCCGACUGGCUCGUUAAGUUAGCAAUAGCCUAGCUAAUCCCCGAUAUGAGCUCACUUAGCUUCGUUCUAGUUAAAGAAGAGGAAGAGGAGGAGGAGGUCUGCUGGACGGAGAAAGAAGUUGUUGUGAAAGAGGAGGAGGAAGAGGAGGAUGUUACCAUAAAACAAGAAGUAGAGGCUGAGGCUGUUACAGUGAAAGAAGAAGAGAAAGACGUUUCAGUGAAAGAAGAGGAAGACCCGAUCAGAGUGAAAGAGGGGGAUGAGGAAGAGGAGGAGGCAGAGACAGGAGAUCUGAUUAACACUGGAGAGAGACGUGACUGUCGCGGAUCCUCUGGGGAGCCUCAACAAUGUCAUGAGGCUGAGAGGAGUCCCUCCAGAUCAAAACACCUCAAGAAACCCCAGCGGCGAUCCACAGGAAAGAAACCUCACCUCUGCUCUGACUGUGGGAAGAGUUUCACCUCUUCAACAGAACUUAAAAUACACCACAGAAUCCAUACAGGAGAGAAACCUUAUAGCUGCACUGACUGUUUGAAGAGAUUUUCUCAACUAGGGAACCUGACAAAACACCAGUUGACACACACAGGAGAGAAGCCUUACCACUGCUCUGACUGUGAGAGGACCUUUUCAACAUCACAGCGUUUAAAGCUGCACCAGCGAACGCACACUGGAGAGAAGCCUUACCACUGCUCGGACUGUGGGAAAAGCUUAACCUCCUCAAGUGAACUGAUUAUACACCAGCGAACACAUACAGGAGAGAGGCCAUAUGGCUGUGAUCAAUGCGGGAAGCGAUUCACUCAGUCAUCAAACCUGACUGUACACAAGAGAAUACACACUGGAGAGAAGCCUUAUCGCUGCUCCAACUGUGGAUUGAGCUUUACUACCUCAAGCUAUCUGAUAACACACCAGAGAACACAUACAGGAGAGAAGCCUUAUAGCUGUGAUCAAUGUGGGAAGAGUUUUACUCAGCCAAGUCACCUGAUUGUACACCAGAGAAUACACACAGGAGAAAAACCUUACCACUGCUCUGACUGUGGGAAGGGUUUUGUUAGAUCAUCACAUUUAAAAUCUCACCAGAGAACACACACAGGAGAGAAGCCUCACCACUGCUCUGAAUGUGGGAAGAGUUUUGCUUUAUUAGACAUACUGAUAGUACAUCAGAGAACCCACACUGGUGAAAAGCCUUACCACUGCCCAGACUGUGGGAAAAGAUGUACUACCUCAAGUAACCUGAUAUCACACAAGAGAACCCACACUGGAGAGAAACCUUACCACUGCUCUGACUGCGGGACGAGUUGUUCUACCUCAAGCAACCUGGCAGUACACCAGAGAACACACACUGGAGAGAAGCCUUAUGGCUGUGAUCAGUGUGACAAGAGAUACUCUCAUUCAAGUUCUCUGAUUAAACAUCAGAAAAUACACUCAGGAAUUCCACAGAGUGUAGAAUGACCUCCGCCAAGACCUGGGUAGUUGAACACGGAGAGUGAAAUGAUCUCCAACACCAGACCUGGGUAGUAGAACACGGAGUGUAGAAUGAUCUCCAACACCAGACCUGGGUAGUAGAACACAGAGUGUAGAAUGAUCUCCAACACCAGACCUGGGUAGUAGAACACAGAGUGUGGAAUGAUC